AAUCCAUCUGGCCCCUCGAUAGGCCCUCCGUCCCCUUCCGCUGGCGCCGACGCGCCGCCGCCCCCUUCCGCGACGCCAGUGGCGCUCCCCCACAAAUUGGUCCGCGCCGCCGGGCGAGGCUGUACGCCUCCGGCUAUCCUCGUGGUGCUCACCCCCACCACCAUCCCCGUGCUGCUCCUCCGGCUAGAGCGGCUCCACCCCCUCUCCAGGCCACCGUCCGCUGGCCACUCCCUUCGGAUCCUAGGUUCGCCUUCUCCGGAUCCAAAAGUACUAGUGAGCUUUCGCCAUGUCGAGGCUGCGGGCGCUCUGGCAAGCUUCCGUGAACGCUACCAAGCGAGCUGUUGUAUGGAAUUCAGAAGAUUUAUUUCCACCAAGUGAAAGAUUCAUCUUCAAUUUCAAUUCAAAAGAUGAGGUGAACAAGUGGCACUUGUACUCGGAUUCAGAGUAUGGAGGUUUAUCAUCUGCAUCACUGGAGAUAACUGAUAGUGUUUCUGGUGGAGAUACUUCAUCAACUGGUGUCUUUUCUGGCAACCUCUCCUUAGAUAUGUCCCAGGGAUCACCAUGGAGGAUCAGGCGGAGUGGUUUCUGCGGAAUGCGAUCAAAGAAGUUUGAUGGUUACAUCGAUCUUGAUUCAUAUGAUACAAUAGCAAUGAAGCUCAGAGGGGAUGGAAGAACCUACAUAUCUACUAUAUACACAGAGAACUGGGUGAAUUCACCUGGACAAGAGGAAGAUAACUCGUGGCAGGCUUUCGUGUACGUGCCUCAUGGUAGCUGGCGAAUCCUGAAGAUCCCUCUCGAUAGCUACUUACCUACAUGGAAAGGAAAUGUGAUCGAAGCGAACAUGGAAAUGAAUCCUUCUCGCGUCGUGGGAAUGUCUCUCUCGUUGAAUGCAGAAGGCGGCAUUCCUGGUGCUAAGACUGGCCAGGCGAUUUUAGAUUAGACGUUGACUGGAUCAAGGCGAUGAGGGCACUGUGAUUUCUGCACUUUGUCUUUCGGCUUUCAGAUGAUGUUUCUGGGCCUGAAACUCCACAUGCUCGUUUCCUUCUACAGUAGUUUGCUUGCCGAGCUCCUUCACAAAAGAGGAUGUCAUCCUGUAUGCAGCUAUUUGUCCUACCGCGAUAGAUGAGUGCCAUCAAUAACCAAGAGUAUUAACGGUAAAACCAUCAUACCGCAGAAAUGCUUCACUUUGUAUCAGAGCAGUAACCUUGGAAAUAGUUGAAUAAAGAUUUUUCCUUCACGUCA